AGCAAGUGAAGGAAGAAGACUGGAUAGAGAAAGUUGUGCUGGCGAGUGAUCACCGCCCCACCUAUGUAUAAAUUAUACGGUAAUUUAUAAUCUCCCUAAGACACUCUGCCUUUAAGAAGUUUUGCGAAAGAAUAUUUGUUGAUUUCUUCAAGUCUUCGACGCUAAGGACUAAGGAAAGUACGGGGGAAGUGGUGUUCUCCUUUGGAUCAGUGGUGCGCAUUUAAGUGGAUCGGAGCUGGUGGAUCAUAUUCCAGCAGCUACUGCAGCUGCGCGGAGCUCCACACCUUUUCUUUACGACGCCUGCGGAGGAUAUUUUCAACAACCAAAGAUUAAGCGCUGAUUAAUUGACUGUGAUUAAAAUGGAUAAAAAUGCAUCCGGAUUUUCUUACAAGGAUUGUGUAAUAAGCAUGGAUUGUUCCCAGUGUGAAAUAUGCAAAAAGAUCGAUGCGCAAAUCGAAGCCGAGGAUAAAUUAGAAUUUGACGGAGGAUUUCAAGAUGGCGGCGAAUGUCUUCUGCAUUUCGCAGCAGACGACAUUGUGGAUACAAAAGGGGCGGGAGAAGAGACAAUCAAGAAAAAAAUGAAAAAGAAAGUUCGGAAAAAGGAUCAAAGUGAUAGUUUUGAUGAUGUUACCGGUGAACUUCUCGUUAAAAAGAAAAAGAAACUUCGAACCCGGGACAGUGAGGGUAAGUUACGCAAGUGUAAGUCCACGGGUGCGCUGACAGGUGCAGACGCUACUGGGACAGAGUCGGGACCAAUUGAAGGGGAGAUAGAACACUCAGACUCAUUAAAACGCAAGAAAAAGCGCGUAAAAGUGAAAGUUGACGGCGAAGGUGGGGGCGGUGAGGGGGAAGGGGAGAAACGGGAAAGGAAAACGAAAGUUAGAAGUUCGAGGACAAAAACUGCUUCAACAAGUUCAUCUUCAAAACGACCGGAACCGGAAGGAGCUAAUGUGACUUAUGUUGAUGAGUUUGAUCGACUGUUGAACAGCAAAGAACAGCUUUUCUCGGACUACGGUUCGGCCAGUGAAGACGAAGCUACGCCACCAAGGAGACGAAGCGCUGGUUACCCCGGCAGAUUUAUUCCAUGCAUACAAAUCAACUCAAAUUCCCAAAUAAAGUAUGCCAUUAUAGGGACGGAACUUUCCAAUAUAACCAACGUCUGCCUCAAACGGAAUGAAACUGAAUUAGCUGCCCUCACCAGACGUAUCCAGCUUCUGGAGGAAGAGCUUGAUUCCACUAGCACCAGGCUACAGACAGCACAAGACAUGUUGGAUGAGGCGUCCAAGGCUGCCGAUGAGAGCGAGAGAGCUCGCAAAGUGCUAGAAAACAAGAGCAACUUGGACUAUGAGAGGAACUGUGAACUAGAGAAACUGGCCAAAUCCUACCACCAACAAGCAUCAGAAUGGGAAGUAAAAUACGAAGAGGUUGCACGUAAAAAUGUUUCCCUGGAAAUGAACUUAGCCACAAAAGAGGACCAGUGUGACGAUCGGGAGAAAAAGCUACAUGAAUCUGACUGCCAGCUCGAGUCAUUUUCAUCCAGUAUUAAGUCAUUUCAAAUUGCAAUUGACAAGUAUGCAGAAAAUGAGGAUCACUACGAAGCUGAGAUUGAAAAGAAUAAACUGUGCAUAGCAGAAUUAACCACUAAAUAUGAUGAGCUACAGAGCAAUUACAGGAAUUCCAUCAGUCAGAUAAACGAACUGGAAGACGAAAAUUCCGCAUUGAGGAAUAAGUACAAGAAGUUAGAGGAUGAGUUCAGCUCGGUGAUGGGCUCAUUGCAGGAGAUGUAAAAGGCAGACGUCCAUUGAUUUUAGGCAGAUAUUAUUAGAACGAACUUUUGGCUGAGAAGAUGAAGUACAAGGCCAUCAGCGACGAACUGGAUUGCACUUUCGCCGAGUUGGCUGGCUAUUAAUUUUCUGCCAGCGCUAUUCAGAAGAACAUUUCGUAGUUCUUUUUUACUACAGAAACAAGAAAGAACUCUUUUGUACAUCAUUACUUACGAACCAACUACUUCUAAUAAUAAUAGAGACCUACAUGUAUCAUUGCUGCACAUAUUUGAACUUGUGCGUUAUGCUAACGAUUGAGAAGUGUGCAACAAAAGGCAAGCAGCGAAGGAAAGCUCGUGAAUCUGUGCUCCUGAUGGACCUGAACAUGCAAUCACUAAACUAUAUAUAUAUAUGAUGUAUACAAUAUAUAUGCACACUAUUCGCUGGAUCAAAGACAGGAAUGCGUAUUGGGCACAAUGACGAGCUUUGCAAGAAGAGCAGUUUUGUAGAUAGACUUUUCAUUUUUUGCGCAGAUCUUGAUGGCAUGAAAAUUAAGUGGAGAAAAUUCUGUACCUAAUCUAAAAUGUAACUGAGUAACGCUGCUGCCUAUUAAAUACAUAUACACUCUGUAGCUUGACUUUCUCUUGAAUACCUGAUCGUGUAAAAUGUUACAAUGUCAAACUGUCUGGCGAUAUCUGUAGCGCAUGUUGCGUGCCAUAGUCACUGGAUAGCGGGAUAAUGGGGCUAUUCGGGGCCUGGAGAGGAGUGCUUGAAUGGUUGUGGGAUGCCCAGGAAGGACACAAGUCAGCUCUGUAUCUCGCAGAGGGACCUGAGACCAGGAAUUGUGUUUAUUUUCAUGGGGUAGUAGAACACUUCCUCCAGUGGACAGAACCAGCCGCAGGAGAUUGGUUAGGUUUCUAUCCUAAUAGAUAACACUACUUGCUUUAAUACUUUGUACCUAGUAGCUUUUUAUUUUUCCUUGCUGUAUACAUUAUUCAAUUUACCUGAAUGUAGAUUUUUUGAUAUGUUAUAUAAUUAUUUUGAUAGAUUGAUUGCCAUCAAAAUUCAAUGGUGAAUCAUGAAAAUAGUGUAGACAUUCGGUUUGACACAGUCCAUCAAGAAUACAUGUAGAUGUUGCUUAUGGAAUUGAUGGUGAAACAUGAAUAUAAUACAGCCCGCAGAAGUGUACCAGUAUGUCAAUCCCUUGGUUAUGACGGGUGGUCAGUGCGGCGAAAUUUCUAUGUAUGCUUAUUGUAAAGAUAAUUUUCUAAAAAGAAAUUUGAUAUUUUAUGGACCCUGUAGUUAUAAUUAACAUAGUAACACCGUGUAGUUGUACAACACCACCAUUGUAAUUUCGGCAAGUUUUCUUUUUAUUAACUGCCAGACUUCCAGGGUUUUCCAUCAAUAUUGUUUGAUGUACUAAAGAUGAAAAUAAAUUAAAGAGUAUAUGUAUCCAACUUAAAA